UCCCGCCGAUCACACAUCUCACCUCAUCAACUCUAGUCACCUCUCAUCUCUCUUCACCUAUCUCUCAACUCCUUGUCUCUCCCUCCCCUCUUCUUCUAUCGUUCACAUUAGUCUCGCUACAAUGCGUGUCGUCUCCGCUCUCCUCGUCUCCGCCGCCGUUGUCGCCGCCUCGCCCGCCUACCUCGUUGCCGGCGCCGUUGAGCGUGCUAUUGCCGCCCGCCAGGCUACCCAGUCCCAGUCGACUGCCAACGGCGCUUUCGACCUCGCCCUCAUCCCCUCUAUCUGCGACACUCCCUGCGCGACCUACAAGGAGAUCUUUGGCACUUGCCCCGGCGACCCGUCCAACGCUGUGUGCGCCAAGGCCUGCAACCAAUCUGUCCACAACGAGUUCAUUGUCUGCACUUCGUGCCUCGUGAACAACGGUCCCGCCCAGGGCAUGGCUCAGCACGACAUCGACAUCCUCAACAUCGCGCAGCAGCAGCUUGUUCAGCAGUGCAUUGACAUGGGCACCCCCCAGUCGUUCGCCGGCACCGUCCAGCUCCCCUCGACCGUCGCCUACCCCUCGGGUGUCGUCAACGCGACUUACUCAGUGUCGCAGGCGUCCUCGACCCAGGCUGUCCAGUCCACUGCCGCGCCCUCCGCCUCGACCCCCGCUGCCCCCGCUGCCGCUUCGUCCCAGGGCAGCGGUGCCGGCGUUCUCCGCCCUGCUGCGGCCGUUGGUGCUGUUGUUGCUGCGGCCGCCCUUGUCGCAUUCUAAACGCUCCCUUCAUCGCACCUUGAUGUACCUAUGGACAAUGG